AACUGAGCGUUGGGUUAGUAAUUAUCCGCUCUUGUUCGUCCCCCACUUUCCCCACAAACUCAUGAAUAUUUUCACCACGGCCCAGAAAGGCGGGUGGCGCUCUAAAGAAGCAGCAGAGACGGUCGGCUGGAAAGCAAGUAUCCACGCAGCGAGAGCAACUAUUUCUCCCACGUCCUUAGGAAGGCAGGGAAAGUUUUUCGCUGGAGAGAGGAAAGGGAACCAACUUCGCUGUCUUCUCGGGGGGGUGGGGAGGAAACGACAUCCUGAGCUCCGGAGGUCUCGGGAAAAGAGGAAAACUUGGCAGUGUUACGAUUUAUAAUGCAGGAGGAGGCGGGGGAAAUGGCAACCGAAGCGCUUCCCCGGCUGAAAUCGGAUCCAGAGCUCCCGCCCAGGAAAGGAACAGGGGCGUGUUAUGACGCUGUAGAGGGAGAGGCUUGGAAGCAACCUGCCAGAAGCCGGCAGAAGUUCGUUCCGCUAGGCCGCUUCCCUCCGGCUGCUCAGAAAGGACAGGAAGCCGAGAGUCAUACGGAGAUUAUACAACUCCAGGAAUGCUGAAUAUGGAUGUAGAAAAUCAAUUGGUGCCCCCUCUUCCCAAUGGAUCUGCAUCUGAACAGGAAAAAGGACCAGAUCAUACAACUCCAGGAAUGCUGAAUAUGGAUGUAGAGAAUCAAUCGGUGCUCCUUCGUCCCAAUGGAUCUGCAUCUGAACAGGAAAAAGAACCAGAUGAAACACAAGUAUGCUCUGGAGCAUCAUCUUUACCUACAAGAAUUCCUUCAGAUCCAUCACGGAGAGGGAGAAGAAGGAGGAAGAAAGGAAGGAUUCGAGUACCUUUCAAGACAAUCAAACAGAGAUUAUUGCCAGCUUCCUGUCAAGGCAAAAAGGCAAUAAUUGGAAUUGUCUUUUCUGGCCUCGUCUUUUGCUCUGCCUUUGGCCUGGGAACCUUAGUUUCUAGGUUAAACUGCCAAAAGGAUGCCAUUAAAUGUCCACCUGAUUGGAUUGGACACCAGGGACACUGCUACAAAUUUUCAGACGAGGAAAAGAACUGGAAUGAGAGUCAGAACAUCUGUAUGUCACAUAAUGCUUCUCUGGCCAAAAUUACAGAGGAGGAGAUGGAUUUUGUGAAGAAGUUCAUAAGAGGCGGUGUCUUUUGGAUCGGCCUCAAGAAAGAACUGGAUCAGCUCUGGAAAUGGCUAGAUGGAGAAAAUUCCACGUGCCUUAUGGAAACUCAGAUUCUUCACCUUAGUCUGCAAGAUUGCUCACGCUAAACCUGGUUGCUUCACUUUGAGAUGCACUUCUUUUAUUACUAGAGGCCCACUCAGUUUUUGGAACAGGCUCUAAAUAGGCUGCUCCAUAACUUUGUAUCUGUCAGUCUUUGAACCUGUGUUUCUUUUUCCUUCUGCUAUGGCUUGUAAAGCUCUAUUUUGUACUGCCCACUUUUUAUACAGGGCAUCUUUUAUAAAGUUAUUAUUAUAGGAGGGCCGGGGGGGGGUGAUGGGGAAUGCUGUUUUCACCCUCCCCGGACUCAUAGAGAGGCUCUGGAGCCAGGUGGGAGAGAAAAAUGGGCCUACCGGGCCAUCACGUGCCAAGAGCGAGAGGGGGAGCGGGGGGAUCAUGCACGGGGGCGGGGCGUAUAGAAUUAUGGGUGUGCGACCCACCACCCCCGUUCCUGUCCUAUUGUUUUUCUUUUCUUCUUCCUAUAUAUAUAUAUAUAUGCUUAUACCUCCUAACACCUACUCAUAUAUAUGUUUAUAUACUAUAUAAUCUUUUUGUAUGAUGUGACAGAAUAAAUAAUUAAAUAAAAAUAAAGGUCUACCUUAUAUGCUG